AUGGAUUCCUUCUGCUGUGAAAUGUGGAGAAGUGACAAAAUCAAGAGACUCCCUUUCCCUUCUGAUAAGAUCUUGCAAGUGGUUCACUCGUCAUUGCACGAGCAAGCUACCGUGACCAACGUGUGGUUCGUGCCGGUUCUUGACCGACCCCUCUCGGUCAACCGGUACUAUAUUGUCAAAGCCAGAGGAAGGCACAAAGGGCAAGCGUAUACGUGUUCAAGAGAAGGAGACGUGGGAAUGUGUUGCUUCAACUCCCAACAAACGGAGCCGAAAAUUAGGCAAUUCGAUCACAGAGACAGAUAUCAACAAUUCGAAAUCCGACCUUACCCCGGAGGUGGGUUUUUUGCAAGAUCAAUCGAAUGGGAUGGUUAUCCUCCGAGUUUCUUGAGAAGAGAUGGGUGGGAAGUCCACAUUGCUCCAUCGUCUAAACUCCAUCUUCGUGAAUGUCGGGGCCUUAUAAGUAACUCAAUCUUGAUGGAAUAUCGUCCCGAGCUAAGCUCCCCACUGCACUCCAAACGCUCCACGCCAGUCGUGCUCGGAAGAUGGUAUUGUCCUUUUGUGUUCGUGAAGGAGGAGAAGCUAACAACGAGAGAACAAAUGAAGGAAUCUAUGGUCUACGAAUUGUGGCUCGAGAGGUGGUGGGAAGAAGUACACUAUGUACGAAAUGAAGAUACGAAUAGUCGACGGACUAAUGUCGUGGUUGUUGAUGCAAGGGUGAAAAGGUUGACGUGCUCGGUUUAUGGGAUGGAUGGCGAGAGGGAAGGUAGGCGUGAUGCGUAUGGGUUCGUGUGGUUUAAGGGUAGAGAAUGUUGCACGAAGAGAGUCUUGCCCGUGGGUUUGAGUGGUGCGUUGUUCGAGAAGAUGAGUUGGGUGAAGGAGACGAGGGGUUGGUUUGACGGGGAGAGGGUCGUGAGAGUUUGUGGUGAUCGGGAGGUCGGGGGAGAUGCCGUCGGGUGGAGGAAAUUCGGGUGCUAUGUUUUGGUUGAGAGCUUUGUGUUGAGGAGGAUGGAUGGGAGCUUGGUGAUUAGUUUUGGGUUUAGGAAUGUUGAUAAAAUUGAGUGCAAAUGGGAGUGA